ACGCCGUAUUCCAAGCUGAGCAAGAAAGACAAACACUGUGGGCAAGCCAACAAAGAAACGGGAAGCACAUCUGUCACUCAUCAAUAAUCCACAUCUCAAGAUGAUACCCCACCAGCUUCAAAAAACCAAGGGAAAAAAUAAUGUCCAUAUCUGAAUGAGAUACCAUUAGCUAGCUUAAAUUCUGUCAAAAGCAGUGCUUUGGAAGGGUCGAGACUGGCAACGUUUACAAGCAAAGCAACUCCAACUGUUAACAACUACUCCCUCUGUCCGGAAAUACUUGUCAUCAAAAUGAAUAAAAGAGGAUGUAUCUGGAUGUAUUUUAGUUCUAGAUACACUCCUUUUUGUUCAUUUUGAUGACAAGUAUUUUCGGACGGAGGGAGUACUCCUUUUUCCCUUUAGUUUUUCCUCUCAUCAUCAUACAUGCUCCUUUAUCCUUCAAAUCCAUGGCCAUACAUCCAAAGAUGUUCUUCUUCCCGGCAUGCUCCACAAUCAUUAUAUACAUACACCAUCUAGUUCCCAUCUCUUUUUCUGCACAUACAUACAUACACCAUCUAGUAACAUACUCUUUGCUUUCCUCUCCAUUCUUUCCAUGUUGGCGUCCACUUAAAUCUUCCACAAAGCCAUCCCUCGACCCUUUCCUUCUUUUUUUCCUGGCCUUUAUUAUUUUCCCAUCCUCUCCUCUCCAAUGGCACUAUCCUCUACAAAUAAAUUUCGAAAGCAGGUGACGCUUUCGCCCAUGCCAUUCCUUGCACUCCACCCAUGCCCCCCUCGCCCCGUCCAAGCCCAACAAGUGCUCGCGACUGCUCCACCAACACCGCCGCCGUACCUCUGUGCAGCAAUGGCGACGGCCCCGCCGGCGAUCCCGUUGCCGGACUACCAGGUGUCCGGGGCGGCCGCGGCCCACCAGCGGGGCUCCGUCGGCCCGUUCGUCGGGGUGCUCGCGGCGGUGCUGCUGCUCACCGCCAUGUCAUGCUUCUUCGGCCGGGUGUGCGCGGCGCACGCGCAGGGGCCUGACGAGUGGUACGACUGCGCGAGGCUCGCCGGCCGCCGGAGAUGCUGGUGGUGGCGGGCGCCUCGGCGGCCGGUCAGGCCGGCCGAGGAGGAGGCCAAGCCGCCGCGGGCGAUGCCGUUGCCUGAGCCGUGAACGAUCGAUCGGCCUCAGGCUUUCUGCCCUUCUCUUUGCUGCAGUUUGCAGCGGCCGGCAAGGAAGGAACAAGGGCGGGACCGGACCGGACUGAACCAACGCGCAUGCACGCGGUUUCUUUGUUGCGCGGUGGACAAAUCCAAGACACUGACACGGAAGCAGAAGGCUUGCGAUAAGGGAGGGAGGAAAAUCCAAAGCUUUGUCGCCGAAGAGAUAGAGGAAGGGGUCAAAUGGAAGCGAGAAGGGAGUAGGGGACGGAUGGG